AUGUACCCCAACCAGAUCUACCAACUCUACCCAGAGAGACAUGGACAACCACUUCCACACACCCUGGUGAGGAAGAACUCAGUACCCGAGCUGAGUAGCCUCUAUCUCAGGCAAAUCAUGGCAGCCAGGGCCUCUUCUGUGGUUCCUCCACCUUCAUCCCAACAGAAUUACUACCAGAAGGCACCCCCACCGGACAACACAGCCCCGGCUAUGACCAGGAGCUUAUCUCCUCGUCGUCUUGAAGAUGGCUCCUCCUUAUAUAGGGCCAGCCAGCAGCAGCAUCACCUGCUUAACGGAUCAGCGUCGCAUUAUGGGAUGUCCGGGCUCACCGGUGGACAAGGGGGUUUAGAGCUGGUGUUUCUACUGCGUCUGCCUGGGAUCAAGGACACGCCAGGCCCUCCCCCUCCUCCUCCUCCCUCUCCCGCUCACAACGAGCUCAGCCGGUCGUACCGGGAAGCCAAGAUGAUCCCAGACUUCCAGCACAGCACUGGUGUCUGCAGGGCUCCAUCUCCUGCCUGCUACGGGGUCCAGCCCCCGCUUCCUGUUUACGCUGCGGCCCAGCCUCAGCCUCUCCCCUCUCGCUCCGCUUAUCACCCUCCCCUCUACAGUGCCAUCUACAGCCUCCCGUUGGACCCCCGGGUUGGUGUUGGACAGACUCCCGCCACCACCAGUCUCAUGGUGGACCCUGCUUCCCAGCAGCACGGACACAUGGACGGUUCCCUCCAACGCUACGGUUCUGUGGCAUCCCAGAGGCUUCCCUACGACCCGGGAUACGACCCCGGCUCUGCCAUGGUCCAACAACACCCUAGUGCGGCGAUGAAUAUGGAUCCCAAGAGGAUGGUGGACCCAGGGUUCCUGGCGUUCCUCAGAGCCGAGGGUCUGGCGGACAGCACCAUCAGCUUACUACUCCAGCAGGGCUUUGACUCCACCUCUAUGCUGGGGGUCAUGGAGGAUCAUGACGUCCGUUCUAUAGCCACUAAUCUGGGCCAGGCCCGAGCGCUGUCCAGCGUGGUGCUCCACUGUAAGCAGCAGCCUGGCGAGUCGGCCUUAGCCGCUCAGCAGCGCAUUAGAGGCCGCGCCAACAGCUUCGGACACACCAACAACCUCUACAUGCAAGGGAUGCAGAACAUGACCCAGGGGAUGAGCAGCAUGGCCAUGGACCCCCACACGAUGCAUCAGCAGCCCCCCACCUCCGUCCAGACCUUCAGCCCCAGGAUGGGAGAGUUCCUGGGCAGGAGACCCAACAGCGCCCCAUCUCAACACCUCCUGGAGACCACCACGUACGGAGCACCCCGAGGGACAUUCCCCGUCAGCUCCGGGGGAUACGCGUCGCCCAGGCAAGACCGCUAUCCAUGUACAACGCCCACACCGGCAUAGCCAUGUCCGCCCUGCAGCACCAGCAGCCUACUGCCCCCAACACCCCCGGAGGAACGGCCCCCAAAACCUUCUCUGGUUCUUA